GAUUCUGCGAGCCAAUGGGGAGGCUGCUCUCAGUUUCACUUCCUGGUUUGGUUUGUUGUGUUCUCUGCAUUGAUCAUGGCUGCUGAGGGAGAUUUCCUGGCGAGAUACCGUGCCGUGUCAAAUAAGCUGAAGAAACGUUUUCUCCGGAAGCCGAACGUCGCGGAGGCGAGUGAGCAGUUUGGUCAGCUGGCUAAGGAGCUGAAGCAGCAGGACUGCCUUCAGUAUGCUGCCUUCUGUAACCUGGCCAUGGCUCGGUGUGAGCAGACUCUGUUUAACGCCCCGGGGGAGGCUCUGGCGUUGACCGAUGCGGCCCGCCUCUUCCUCUCCUCUGAGAAGGAGAACAGGGCGCUGCAGGCUCCGGGCUUUGACGAGCACCUUCAAGCUGCGCUCAACUGCUACAGCUUCGCCGUCAAGGUGCACAUCGAGAUGAACCAGCCUGUGAUGGCAGCCAGCCUGUGUCUAGAACUCGGCAAUGCCCUCAAGGAGAUGAACCGACCAGGAGAGGCUAUCGUUCACUUCCAGAGGGCUGCAGAGCUGCAAACACAGACGCCGAUUGAAAAUCUGCUGUCCAUGGGGGAAAUGGCCACGUGUAAAAUUCUCACCCGUGACUACGACGGGGCUCUGUCGGUGUUCACAGAGAUGCAGCUGACGUGUCAGGAGAGAGGGCUGCAGCUACCGGGCAUCAACACCCCUGUUGGGGCGUUUUUGGACAUUGUGGCAAAAUGUGAAAUCUCCAGAGUUCUGCUGCUGAUGUUUCUUGAGCCUCCUCCUCAGAAACUGUUACCGGAACACGGCCAGACCCUGGAGAGAUACGCAUGGGAGUCUUUUGAGCCUCACAGCCAAGUGACCUUCCUCCCGGAGAAUGUUUUCCUGCUCCUGCAGUCGGUCGUGAUGGCGUGUCAGGAGAAAGACACAGAGUCCCUCAAGUCUCUUCAGAUUGAGCUUUGGCCCUUUCUGACAGCGGAGCAGAAUCACCUUCUCCACCUGGUGGUUCAGGAGCGCAUCACACCGUCUGGACAGGGCAUUUAGGGAGCCGGGGUCUUACUCACUUCCUCUGGGACUGACUCUGUAUAUAAUGGAACAUUCCUCUCUCUGACUGGGCCUGUUGUUUUAAACUGGCACUGACAGAAACGCUGCCCCACACACUCGUGUUUCAGGCUGAAAAGCUAAACGUAUUUGGUAGGACUGCGUGUUGACUUUUUUUUUGUAGGGAUUCUGAUUUAAAUUCAAAUGAAUUUGAAUGAGAUCUCUGAUGCUCUGGAGACACUGAACUAAUGAAUUCAUAUGUAUUAUACAACAGACUUUAGUUGUACUUAAAUAGUUUAAUAGAGGAAACACAAAAGCUUUUGGUAUAAUUAGUUUUAUUAAUAAAUGAUAUGGCUUUAAUUCCAAUAUAAUUACAAAUAAAUCCUACUGCAGAAUUUUUUUAAUAUGGUGAAAUUAAAUCACCUCGAUCUUGGUUCAGUUAAUGUUCACCUGUACACAUCGCAUGUACUUUUCUGAUAAUAGCAGCCAACUACACACAGAAAAUCAGAAAAAGAAAACAGUACAAAAUGUUAUAAAAAUAUAAUGGUUACAAUGUGCAUUAAAAAGGAUAAUUAUGCCCCAGAAGUAGAAUGAGAAUACAUGAUUAAAGCUACUUGUGCUGUAUAAUGAG